GUACUUGUGCCUGUUUGGAUGCGCGUGUGUGCGUGUAUGUGCGUGUGUGUGUGAGUUUGAGAUAGAGAGAGAGAGGGAGGGAGAGAGAGAGAGAGGUUGCGACAGGUGUACACCAAACAGGUAGCUGCGCCUUGUUUUUUUUUUCUUCCACGGGACGAACGUAUUCCCCCCUGCCUGGCCGAGAGCAGAACAGAACAACAAGUGACGAAGAUUAAAGGAUUUAAACAUUUUACAAAGGAACAAUUGGGUGGUUUUCCCCUUCCAUCUCGCGGGCUAGAGCGCGAUCUAAAGGUUUAACGCACAGACGACGCACGGCCCUUCCCCCGGAGCGUCCAUUUGGAGAUAUUGUCCUUUUGGGGGGAUGCGUUGCGUUUGAUCUACUUAAAGGGGUUACUUUAAGUUCUUGAUUGUGUUCUCGCUUCCCACCCGCUGACCGGGGCUGAACCUGAGGAGGAGACGCAGACGGUGUACUGGAACCCAUGUCCUGCAGACAUAGAUAGAGCAGUGAUCCCACCUUACAGCCCGACAUCCCCUUAGCACUGCCUUUGGGACCCCCAGGUGGAGGAUGGUAUCGCUGCUCAGAGCGCUCUCUCUCUGUCUACUGGUCAGCUCCGUUUCUGUGGGGAGGGGGGAGUUCCUUGACGCACCCCCCGACCAUGCCUUGCUCUCGCUGGCGGAGAAGGAGACGGUGCUGCCCUGCCGUUACCGGGACGACCCCGGGGUCAAGUCGACGGUGGUGCAGGUCACCUGGUACAAAGAGGGGCCCGGCGGCAGCCGGGACCAGAUCAUGGCUGCCCAUCAUCAGGACGGACAGACAGCGUUUGGGCCGUGGUCAGGCCGUGUGCGGUUCCAGAGCAGCGAGCCCAUGGUGGACUCCAGCCUGGUCAUCCUGACCACGGAGGUGCUGGACGAGGGCAGCUACACCUGCCACAUCAGCACCUUCCCAGCCGGGAACUUUGACCAGAAGCUGACACUCACUGUCUGGACUGUCCCCAUCUCCUCCCUGGACCCGGUCAUCCUGGUGGAGGGCCAGUCGUACCGUCUGGCCGCCGCCUGUCGCUCCGUGGCCCGCCCGCUGCCCAGCCUCUCCUGGGACACCGACCUCAACGGCCAGUCCACCAACCGCUCCUCCGACACCGGCUCCGUGUCCUCCCACUACUCCCUGCACCCCCUGCGGAGCAUGAACGGCAAGAAGCUGGACUGCCUGGUCUCCCACCAGUCCCUGAAGAAGCCUCGGAGGCUCCGCAACAACGUGGUAGUGCACUACCCCCCCAACGCAGAGGUGUCCGGCUACAGUCCGAACUGGUUCGUUGGCAUGGAGACGGCGAUGCUGCACUGUCGGAGCGGGGGAAACCCCAUGCCUGAGGAAUUCACCUGGACCAGGCAGGGAGGGGAUCUCCCACAGGGAGUCAUUCCUCACCCCAACGGCACGCUGGAGUUUGGGCGCCCUCUGAGCGCGGGGGACGGGGGCGUGUACCAGUGCGUGGUCAGGAACGUCGUGGACAGCAGCAAGGCGACGGUCGAGCUGAAGGUGGCCGACGAGCCCCAGAAGGAGGCGGAGCCGGACAACCUGCUCCUGAUUGGUGUGGGCGGGGCGGCGGGCGGUCUGCUGCUGCUGAUGUUGGUGGUCAUCGUCAGCGUGACGUGUCACCACAAGCGCCGCAACAAGAAGCUGGAGCGCCAGCUCACCGUGAAGGAUAAUGAGAUCAGCAACCUGGUCCGCCAGGCCUCCUUCAGGAGGGUCAACUCGGACCAAAUGGACUCAAUAGAACAGAUGACAGAGAAGAACUCCCUGAGGGUUGAGGGAACGAUUCGAGCCAGCCUGUCGUCCCUUGGGGACCAGGCUCUCAGUCGGGACAGUCGCUCCACCCUGUCGGGCGGGUGGGCCGGUGUAGGGGGAGGAGGGGGCGGAGGGAUGCUGCUGGACCACCUGGGUCGGCCUUCGCUGACCAACGGGUCGCGGCGAGGGGGCAGCCGGAUCCUGGAACGGGACGAGGAGAAGAGGCUCCGCGUGGAGUCCUACGCCAGGAACAGCACCAUGUCGCUGCAGGACAAGCAGAGGAUGCACCCCCCCCUCCUCCCGUCCCCCGUCCCGGUGCUCCACUCCACCGAGAUCCUGCGCACCCGCCAGCCCCACGGCACCGACGACGGAGGAGGAGGAGGAGGAGGCAGGAUCGCCAACGGCACGCGCAACAUGCAGCCCCCGCCGCCCCGCUGCGGCUACCCGACCCGGGGCGACGAGGAAGACGAGGAGGACGAGGGUCUGGGCGGCCUGAUGUGUCCUGAGGUCCAGGGGCGGCUGGUGCGCGGCGACCGCCACGGCGACGGCGGGCACCCCGACGACGACGACGACGACGACCCCUACGGCAGCGAGACCCACAGCUCGCUGAUGAUGGACGCCCCGCAGGUCCACUUCCAGCAGCAGGCGCCGCAGCACCACCUGACCAACGGGACGCUGAGACCCAAGAGCCGCUCCCCCCUCCCCAACCCCCACGCCUCCCACAUCCACAAGGCCCAGAUCGUUUAGCCGGGGGUGGGGGGUGGGGGGGGGGGGGGUAACACGCCCCCCCCUAGGCCCAGGGCGGACUCUAUGAGCCGCAGAGCUCUGGGCUCUGAUUGGACCUCAGAUAACCGGGUGUGUUCUGACUCCUACAUGUCGGCGGCGAUGAGACUGAGAUGAGCCGUUGAAUGUGUUCCGCCCAGAACCAGGUUGUGCUAUGCGACACACUGGCUCUGGGCCUGGAAUACACUGGGCAUUGUUUGUUAAUGCUGUUCUAGGUGUCCCUCUGUGCCCGUGGUAGGUUCUAGAUGGAUGGACAGCUGGGAGGACAGGACAGGUGACCCAGGGGGCUCGUCUGCCAGGGGGGCAAUAGGCACCAGUUAUGUUCUGUGGUUAUUUAAUGAAUUGCUAAUAUGUCUGGUGCAAAGGGUGCAGCCUUUAUAGCACACUAUCAACUAACAUGAGAUAAAGCCUGCUAUAUUUUUGUAUAUAUUCUUAUAUAUUUCCCUACCUGGAAGAAUCCUGUCACUGAGGGGUUCUCUAGGGUCGAGGGUGUUCGAAUCCCAGUCGAGCAGGUCCUAGGUUUGAGUCCACAUUCUACUUGUAGACAUCUUUGAGCAGUAUGGCCUAACUUCUUGCUCCUUUUUACUUUGAUGAUUUAUUGGGGAUGAAAGUGUCUACUAAAUAUACGGAUAAAUACUUCCAUGCAAACGAAUUUUGCAUAUUUCCCCAGUGAACUUCCCUCUCAUCUCACCUUCAUCCGCUUGUCCGGGGUCGGUCGCGGGGGGAGCAGCUCAAGCAGGGGGCCCCAGACUUCCCUUUCCCGGGCCACAUUGACCAGCUCUGACGGGGGGAUCCCGAGGCGUUCCCAGGCCAGUGUUGAGAUAUAAUCUCUCCACCUAGUCCUGGGUCUUCCCCGAGGUCUCCUCCCCACUGGACAUGCCUGAAACACCUCCCAAGGGAGGCGCCCAGUGGGCAUCCUUACCAGAUGCCCGAACCACCACAUACAUUACUUUAGAAAAUUAAAGUGCCUGUCUGGCACUCUAACCAUGUACAGCUAUUUAGGAUAUCAGUUGAUAUUGAGCUACAAGCACGGUAAAUAUACUUUCAACAAAUGUAUUUGACACACUUCUGACGCUGAGCGGAUUGGAGACCAACGGUACAUUUUGCCACCCUCUAGUGGUGAAACCUGGCCAUGCAGACAGUCCAUGGUGGGAGCUGAAUCCCAAACAUACCUCUGUAAAUCGCCCUCUGGUCCUCUUCUGGGACGUCUUCACACCGCACUGAGAAAUGUACAGUCACACAGUACAUGAUGUAUUCCUGUUAUUACUAUUAGCACGCCGUAUCGCAUCAAUGCUGCAACUGUAGGCCUAACCUAUACUCUGUACUCAAUAAGAAUGGAUCUUCCCAGUUGAAGAGAGCCAAAGAUGUGAUGGAUGGUUUAUUUUGUGGUGGCUGUCAUGUUGUUACAGGCAUUGUGGUGUGUUGGAUCUUUAAUGAGUCAGAUCUACCGGGAAACGCGCCUUAAGAACAGGGACUGUAACGAAAACACACCCAGGCCUGAACAUUUGUCACGUUUACUUUGACAUACUGCAAUAAAGACUGGACGAGUUGAGUCGGAAGAGGAUGUGGAGAGGAUUGUAUUGGGACAACAAAGAAACACAAAAUAUUUACAUGAUGCAUGCCCAUAGGCCUGUCUAACAUUGUGGGAGUUUUUUAUUUUAACCACCAACUGCCUUGACGUGGUGAGAUAUCUUUGCCUCAGGGCAAAUAUGAAGUAUUAUUGUGUUUCACAAACAUUUUGAAAUGUUUUUAUUAAGUGUUAUCUGUCUGUGUAAAAAAAUGUCUUUUCUUAGCAGAUGUAUAUUGUUUUUUUAUUCUUUGGGACUAAAUGAUGUUGAUAUAGCUCGUAAGCAAUUGAAUGCAUAUUGGAGGGGUCAUUGAUGUAUAAUAACAGUGACCUCUUUCAUAUAAAGUAAAAAGAAACGGACGCGCAUUGCCGAUAUGCGGUAUAUGUGUAAAUAUUGCCCCCUAGUGUAUAUAUUGUGAAAGUGCAGCCGUUUUAUUCCACUGUGAUCUUGAAACAUCGUUUCUCGCUUUUUAAAGCCAUAUUUUAAAGGGGUUUGUGUGGGUGUCUGAAUGUAAGCCUGUUGCUUGGUAUAAAAAAAGUGGAAAUAAAGUUCCAUAUUUUUAUUG